AUGAAUUUAUUGCACGACGGAAGAUUGGACCCAUGUGACUGGUGUGGCGAAUCCAAUUGGCGCAUUGAAGCCAAGGGAGACCACGCUUCAUACAGGUGCAAGUCCAAGAAUUGCCGUUGUUCAAAAUCCGUGCUCUCACAUGACAACGACUUGUUCAACAAAAAAUGUGCUUUGCGUUCACUGAUCGGUGCACUUUGGUUGUUCCUGUCACCUAUCAAUGUGAGUGCCGAUCAAGCUGGGUUGAUUUUGGGUCUGGAUCACAGAACCGUCAGAGAUCUUUUCUCAAAUUUUAGAGCUUGGUUGACACCCAUUGUGGAUCGCUUGAACGAGGAGCUGGUAGUUGGUUCGGCUGGCGCAGACACUGAGCUGGAUGAAAUCAGCUUCCGCAGCAAAGCCUUGGAUGACCAAGUCAUGUGGAUCCGCUACAUUGGCAUUGUGCGGCGGGGAAGCGCCAAAAUUUUCUUGCAGAAGCUACCGCUGAAGUUCACAGCGUCUGGACAAGGUGGAGGCGGACCCCUAAGUGUUCAGGAGUUGAAGGACAUCGUAGUGACUUCAAUGGGUACCAGCAGAAUCGCCGUAGGCAGUGUCUGCCACACUGACAGCGCUAAAGCUUACAAGAAGCUAGAUUCCGAUGAACCACUUCCUGCGUUGUACAGCGGAGUCUUGGCAGGUCCUUCCUUCUCGCACCUUAAGCUGGCCCAUAGCAAUGUGCGUCACAAGCCUCCACACCCUGAGUUUGCCCGCAAGUUCAAGAUGAGGAUCUGGAACGGCAGCAAAUGGGUGGAAGAGGUUAGAGUUGGAGGAACGCAGAAACUAGAUGGUUUUUUU